GUUUUAAUUUCCCUCUAGCGAAAAAUUCCUUAAAUAAAUUUUUGUACCAAUCAUUUUCAUUCGUACUGUAUACAUUUUACACGUUUUCUGACAUUCGCCUUAUCAUAGUUGAGGUUAGGUAUUCAUUCUAUCAGCUGUUCUCCCAUUCCACUUGCACGCACAAACAAUUGCAUCACGACUCUCCCGGCUAGCACAAUCGUGAUGACAAUUUGUAUAUAUUUUUAAUUAAUAUUACUAUUAAAUAUAAUAAAGGAUCGUGUUGAUAGUUUUGCUAGGUGUGUAAAUUAUUGUGAAGUAUGCAAAAUUCUAAAUGUAGUAUUAAUUUACUUAAUACUCUCACGCGAAAUCUCAAUCUACGUGCAUCAACAUCUCAUUCGCCACUAAACGUAACCACUCAGAUUGCGACCAAAUAUGUGCACCUCAGCAGUUAUGUACAAGCGCGCAAUAAGAAGACUGGACCACAGCAUGUUUCCACACUUUUCAAACCCGUGCCAAUGCCACGAAAUGCAGAUGAACAUGAUGUGGGUGCAGAAAUGGUUGGCAAACUGGACAAAGCAGAAUUGUUGAAAAUUCUCAACAAAUUUACGCAAAAACGAGAAAUCAAACUCCUAUGUGUAGAAAAUGGACUUGAUACUUACUUGCAACAACAAGCAUUUGCCUCAUUUCGCCGUUACUGUAUUGAGGCAGAAAACCUUCCAGUGGACCUGCACAUUACCGUUAGUGAUAUACAACAUAAUGCGGGGCACAUAGAUGACAUAUUUCCAUAUUUCUUGAGGCACGCUAAAACCAUCUUUCCUCAUUUAGACUGUAUGGAUGACUUGAAGAAAAUCUCUGAUCUACGUACACCAGCUAAUUGGUACCCGAGUGCACGCGCAAUUACCCGCAAAAUCGUAUUUCAUGCGGGACCGACAAAUUCUGGAAAAACAUAUCAUGCUAUGGAACGUUUUUUGAUCGCAAAAACUGGAGUAUAUUGUGGUCCUCUAAAACUACUAGCCACUGAGGUGUUCAAUAAAGCUAAUGAUAGGGGUACAGCCUGUGAUCUUGUUACGGGUGAGGAACGUAAAUUUGGUAUUAAUGAAGAUACGCCAGCAAAUCAUGUAGCUUGUACUGUAGAGAUGACUUCCGUAAACACGCCUUAUGAAGUUGCUGUUAUUGAUGAAAUACAACAGUUGCGGGACCCGCAACGUGGCUGGGCUUGGACUCGUGCCUUUCUUGGGCUUAUCGCUGAUGAGGUGCACGUUUGUGGUGAGUCUGGUUCUUUGGAACUACUGCAAAAAAUUUGUGAAACUACAAACGAAACUGUGGAAGUGCACAACUACGAGAGGCUUACCGAACUAACCAUUGAGGAUUCACCAUUAGGAAGCCUGGACAAUGUGCAGCCAGGUGAUUGCAUUGUGUGUUUCAGUAAAAACGACAUUUACUCAGUGUCGCGCGAAAUUGAAGCGAGAGGCAAAGAGGUAGCUGUCAUAUAUGGCGGAUUACCACCAGGCACUAAGUUGGCGCAAGCAGCAAAGUUCAAUGACCCCGACAAUAGCUGUAAAGUGAUGGUCGCAACGGAUGCGAUCGGUAUGGGCCUGAAUCUGAGCAUACGCCGCAUAAUCUUUUACUCAAUAAUCAAACCCUCAAUGAACGAAAAAGGUGAACGUGAACUUGAUACAAUCUCAAUAUCUUCAGCUCUGCAGAUUGCCGGUCGCGCUGGACGUUUUCGUACGCAGUGGGAGCAUGGUUAUGUGACCACUUUUAAAGCGGACGAUUUACAGACCUUACGCAAAAUUUUAACUCUGAAACCUGAACCUCUAAAACAAGCUGGACUGCAUCCUACCGCCGAACAAAUAGAGCUGUACGCUUACCAUUUGCCAAAAUCCACACUUAGCAAUCUGAUGGAUAUAUUUGUUAAUCUGUGCACAGUUGACGACUCGUUAUACUUCAUGUGCAAUAUUGAAGAUUUUAAGUUUUUAGCUGAGAUGAUUGAACACGUUCCGCUGCCACUUCGUGCCCGCUAUGUGUUCUGUUGUGCGCCCAUAAACAAAAAGAUGCCUUUUGUGUGCUCCAUGUUUCUUAAGAUUGCCAGACAGUAUAGCCGCAAUGAACCAAUCACUUUCGACUUCAUCACACGGAAUUGUGGUUGGCCCUUUGCCUUACCCAAAACCAUCAUUGACCUUAUGCACCUGGAAUCGGUAUUCGAUGUGAUGGAUCUAUAUUUAUGGUUGAGUUAUCGUUUUAUGGAUUUAUUCCCCGACGCAGCAGCAGUACGUGUGGCGCAGAAGGAACUUGAUGACAUAAUACAGCAAGGUGUAUUUCAAAUUACGCGGUUGCUGAAGAAUUCCGAAGCCAGUCAGAGUGCGGCCGAUGGCGAUAUGACAUAUAAUAUACGAAGAUCAACAUAUAUGCGUGAACCACGUAUUUCAAACUCCUCACGUGGUCGCCUAACAGACCGUUUAAUCGCUCAAGGUCUGCUAACGCCUGGUAUGCUGAGUGAACUGCGAAAAGAAUGGGAUGCACAGCAACAAUCGCUAGCGCAGUCCACAAACGAAAGCGCCUUCAAUACGGACGAUGAAGAAAACAAUAAUGAGUUCAAGAAGAUGCGACGAAAGCGGCGCAAGUGAAUUGCAAAUAAAUUAAUACAAAGAAAAACAGACUUUAUUUAUGUAUAGUUUCUCAUUUGUAUGUAUUUAAUUGCGAAUAAUUAUAUAAAUAAUUAAUUUCUAAUAUACGUAACUGUUAAUCGUUACAUCGCUCCAACAAAUAAUAAAAAAGGCAGGCAAACAGAAUAAUAGAACAAUUUCAACAUAUUCGUUUUGUUUAUACCCUAAACAGGGUGUAUUAUGUUUGCCGCCAAGUUUGUAACACCCAGAA